GAGGGGCGGCCCGGCCCCUUCUCCCCCGGGCGCCGCCCCUCUCUCUCGGCGCCGCCCGUGAGUCAGGGCUUUGCCGGGCACUGGCGGCGGCCGCGGCCGGAGCGGGCUCGCACCCUCCGCCGCGGGGCUCCAUGGAGAAGGCGGCGGCGAGCGAGGGCGGCGGCAGCAACAGCAGCAGCCGCAGCAGCAGCCGUCCCACGUCGGCGGGCUCCUCUCCCUCGUCCUCCUCCGCCGGCCGCGGGCUGCCGGGCCGGGCGGCGGCGGCGGCCGCGGGGAGGCUGGAUGGAGGCGGGGGGCCCGGCGGGGGCAGCAGCAGCCCCGGCUCGGCGGCGGCCAGCCCGGGGGGCGCGCAGGCGCCGGGCGGCGGCGGGAGGCGGCGGGAGCCGGUGCUGGAAGGGACGCUGAGCAAAUACACCAACCUCCUGCAGGGCUGGCAGAGCAGGUACUUUGUGCUGGACUUUGAGACGGGAAUUCUGCAGUAUUUCGUGAAUGAACAAAGUAAAACCCAGAAGCCUCGAGGAACCUUGUCAUUAGCUGGAGCUAUAAUAUCACCCAGUGAUGAAGUACCGCACAUGUUGGUGGUCUACUCUGCUAAUGGAGAGAUAUUUAAGUUGAGAGCUGCUGAUGCGAAGGAGAAACAGUACUGGAUCAAUCAGCUUCGAUCCUGUGCCAAACAUCACAAGGAAGGUAAUUCAAAGAGCAUUUCAUCCUCCCGAAGUAGAAGCUCGUCUCUGCUGCCACCUGGGACAGUUAAUUCUCCUAGUGGCCAAAAACAUCUGAAUCAAAGUGGGCCAACUGUUGUUACCAUCACACACCACAAAUCACCUGCAGCUGCUCGAAGAGCUAAGAGCCAGCGUUCUGGCCAACUCCAUGAAGUCAGAGAGAUGAUGAGCCAAGUUGAGGGACAACAGAAGAAUCUUGUACAAGCCAUUGAAGCUCUCCCAAGUUCUGGCCCCCUUUCUGCCUUGGAUCAGGACUUGCUGCUUUUAAAAGCUACCUCUGCUGCCACCCUGAGCUGCCUUGGAGAAUGCCUGACUCUGUUACAGCAAAGCAUGCAUCAAGUGGGCCAGCACCAUAACAGGACACUAUCAUCAGAUGGUAUCCUGGGAUGGUCUGGGCCCAAGUCACAUUCCUCAGAGCAACUGAAAAAUGGUGCCCUCAGCUCCUUAUCAUCUGCUAGUGCCAACAUUACAUGGGCCAUAGUUCCAUCUGCAGCUCAAGAUGGGCAGACACUACAGCCAGGUACUGAGCAUUCAGCAUCUGAGUUGAUCCUAGUUGAAGAUGAAGCGACAGAUACAGAAGAUAAUGAAGAGGAAGAUUUAGGAGUCAUGGAUGAUCAACGUAGUGUAAUUCUCCAUCUCAUCUCUCAGCUCAAACUUGGCAUGGACCUUACCAGGGUAGUGCUUCCAACAUUUAUUUUGGAGAAAAGAUCCCUGCUGGAGAUGUAUGCAAAUUUCAUGGCCCAUCCAGACCUGUUUUUGUCAAUUGCAGCUGGAGCCACUCCUGAGGAAAGAAUUAUCUGCUUUGUGGAGUAUUAUCUCACAGCUUUUCAUGAAGGCCGAAAGGGAGCGGUUGCCAAGAAGCCCUAUAACCCUAUAAUUGGUGAAACGUUUCAUUGCUCAUGGGAUGUGCCUAAAGAUAAAGUGAAACCAUUCAGAACUAACGGUGCCUCUGCGGUUUCUAAGGACCCUGCCAAGGAGUCUGGCCAGGACCAGUCCACGUGCUACAAGCUGAGGUUUGUGGCUGAACAAGUGUCCCACCAUCCACCGGUAUCUUGCUUUUACUGUGAGUGCAAGGAGAAGAAAAUGUGUGUGAACGCUCACGUAUGGACCAAAAGCAAGUUUAUGGGCAUGUCAAUAGGUGUUUCUAUGGUAGGUGAAGGUGUGCUGUACUUGCUGGAGCAUGAAGAAGAAUAUGUUUUCACGCUGCCCAGUGCCUACGCUCGCUCGAUACUUACUAUCCCGUGGGUGGAGCUCGGAGGCAAAGUCAACAUCAACUGUGCCAGGACUGGCUACUCUGCUACGGUCACAUUCCACACCAAGCCCUUCUACGGAGGGAAAGUCCACAGGGUUACAGCCGAAGUGAAACAUAAUCCCACUAAUACCAUUGUAUGCAAGGCACAGGGAGAAUGGAAUGGCACACUGGAAUUCACCUACAGCAAUGGAGAAACCAAAGUGAUUGACACUAGCAAACUGCCUGUUACCAAGAAGAAGAUCAGACCAAUAGCAAAACAAGGCCCGCUGGAAUCAAGGCACCUCUGGCAGCAUGUCACCAGUUCUCUGAAGGAAGGCAACAUCGAUGCGGCAACGGAACACAAGCACCACCUUGAAGAGAGACAGCGAGCGGAGGAGAGGCAGCGCGCAGCCCUUUCCACCCCAUGGAAGCCAAAAUAUUUUGCCAAAGAGGGAGAUGGUUGGCAAUACUUGAAUCCUCUCUGGAAGAGCCCUUGACAAGAUACAGGAGUUGUCUUAAACUUUACCUUAAAGGCAUUAUAAAGAUACAGUAUAUAACUUGUGAAAUGUCGCUGAGUAGGUCCCGUUAUCUGAAGAUACACAUGAGAAGCUAUAUACUGUGAACAGCGCAUCUCAAAUAACCACAAGCUCAAGGUGAUUCAGGAGCCAUUUGGUGUGUAUGGAUACACAGGCACACGCACGUGUACGAUAUACACACAUAUAGACACACAGUGUGCACGUGUGUUUGUGUGUGUAUUACUUACACUACACAUAAACAAAGUAUAAACACUAACGGUGAUUUAAAGACCUUAUCCUCUAAACGUUAGGGCACAGAACUCAGGCUGCCAUCAGCUGGGGUUCCCGAGUUGCGUGCUUGCAGGAUCAGGCCCUGUGCUAGUAUUUAAAAACCACUUUUUUAUUAGUACUGGUUAAGGUUUUCUAUUUUUCACUUUUGCCAAAAACGUUUUGCACUUGAAAUGUGACGUCCCUUAACGGCAGUCAUUCAGUCUCAGCAGUCACGGGGUAACUCACUUUGACGUACGAAUGAUGCAUUGACAGCGCUCCUUGGGAUGCUGAUUUGCGAGCAUGUUUCUGUCACUUGCGGUGUGAAUUUUCUGCUCCUACAAGAAGUAGCAAUACCUUCUCAAGAACGUUGUUCGCACUAACCCGGUGUGUCCUCACUGUUUUGUUUGUUCCUACUUCAGAAGUUUCACAGGUCUCUGGUUGCUCCUAGCCAGCUGCUUUUGGUCUUGCUAUGUGAUGUUCUUUGGCUGUUGUCAUGCCGAUGCGUUUGGUUACACGUUUUGCUAAAUCCCUCCUGGCAGGUAGAGCUGAGGUCUUCAAACUUACUUACUUGCCUCAGCUUUCCACCCCCCCAGUCUGUGUCUGAGGUGCCCCGGUUCACAGCCCUGCCUUUAAAAUCAAACUGCUGCCAAUGCGCUUGUGCAGAAAUGCCAGGCUGUGAGUUGGGUGCAGCUGGGGGGAGCCGCUGCCGCUGAGCCUCCCGAGCUGCCCCUCCCCACUGCUGCUGUGGAGUCAGAGCCCCUCAGUCCUCGGUCAGGCAGAGCUGUACCUUCAUUUCUUUCGCUUGUGGCCCAGGUGAUCGCUUUGAAUGGUUCCUCGUGGGAGGAGAUGAGAAGCCUUUUCAGACGAAUGAUUUUCUGAUGUUCAAGUAACGAUUUAUUAAAUUACUACACCGAAACAAGAACUUUAUUAAUGAAAUGAAUGAAAUGGGAUGUAACUUGUUUUGUAAAAUAAAAGAGUAAACAAUCCUGCAGCUUGAUCUUGCUUUGUAAGGUACCCACUGUGACACAAAGAAUGUGGAUUCUAUAAGUUUCUUAAAGCUUCACUGCUUUUCACCUUGUGUUUGCUACAAGUGCAGAUGUUUUUGAGAGGAGUGACAGCAAACAGAUGUAAGAUGUGCUGACUUCUGCUCGGUGCUGCUCUAACAGCACCCUGCGAAGAACCCCCGUUUCUCACACCCAGUAACGAGGGGCCCUGCCUUGCCGUAGUGCUGAUUAUGUUGCGCCUUUUGUCUGCUUUCUUGAUAGGAUGACUGUUGCUUUGCCCCUUCUACACUAAUACAUUUAGACGGAAGGAUCGCUUAUACGUGUUGUUGUGUGUUCUGCAUUUUGUAAUACUUUAUUUUUUGCUAGAUAUUAAAACCUGUUGAGCAACUCAAAGGCCAUACAGAGGCCUGUGUGCCAGGAGACAUUAGUUCACUGGACGUAACGUGAAUAGAUCUUUCCAUGCUGAACUUCAGAAUUCUGCGUAGUGAAGCACGGCCUCCUUUUCCUCCUGAACAUUAUUUGUCUGCUUGGAUGUACUUUUUUUUUUUUUGCACAUUAGAAAGAUUCACGUUAUGAGUGUCUUAAAUUCUAUUUUUUAAGAAAAGCGUGGACUGAAUGAGCUUAGUUUUAUAACUGACAAUUUUUUUAAAGAGAAAUAUCUUUUUUUUAGCUAUAGUCGAUGUUUCUCUGUAAUAGCACCGAAGUGAUGUGGUAAUCACUGGAUCCCACCACUAGGUAUCAUCAGGAAAAUGCAUUCCUGACCACCUGCCAGCAGUACGCCGUCACGGUUCCGCUCUUGUUUUAGAGGUCAGUCUGAUAGGUAACAAGAGGUAUCAGUGCAGUCUGUAGCACCAUCACAAAGACCACUCUAAAGGCAGAAUUAAACGCGCAGAACAUUUCCUCCCAGAACCCUGACUGUGGUGCACCAAAGAACAAGCCACACGCUGCUGAAGUAGCCAUUGGAAACCUCUUUGUGAGGUGCCCAGCCCCUGCCUGGGAAGAGUAGAGCUCCCACGGGUUUGAUGGCACGGCUGUCGCAGCUGCAGAGAUGCUGUAGUCAUUCUCUUAGGACAACAUUUGAAUAACUUUCUGCUUGUAAUUCAUUGAAGACUUUUUUUUUUUUUUUUUUUAUGUCUGCAUGGUUGGUUGGUUGUGCAUGCCAAGAACAUUCCACUUGUGCUCUGAUAAAUGUCUGGUUUGAUGCUGAGUCCCCUGAUGCCAUCACCGCUGCUUCUUUUCCAAAGUAACUCGGGAGAGACAAACAUUAAACAGUCUCUUACUUAAAGAUCCCAUCAGCAAGAGAUUCCAGAAUGAGAGUCAGAAGUGUCAUUUUAUUUUUCUCAUAGUUAUGUGUUCAGUAUAUUUUACAGGACCGAAAACUACGUAUUCCUAAGCCUUAUUCUGUAGGUUGUUCUGGUAGCUGUCCUGGACUUGCAAGUGAUUUGUUUUCCAUUUUAAGUAGCCAAUGUAUACACUCGGAAUUGUAAUGUAAUCCAUGUACUUCAGAUUUUUGUUGUGCACACCUGUAGAAAGCCUAUGCAACUUCUUUCUUUUCUCAAAUUAGAAAUGUUCAGAAAGAAAAUUUUUACCUUCAUCAUUUAAAAGAUGCUCUGGCAGACUCUUCCGAUUUGCCUUCCUUUCACGAUGUGUGAAGUUAAAAGUACAAUGCUCGUGAAUAAAAGAUGUUUCAUUUA